CGCAGCCAAGUUCAAGUCGUAGAGCGGCAGGGUUGCCACCUCUCUUUCUUGUUUCGUCUCUUUUGAGCAACAACAACAAAAUGGUUCAACGUCUGACGCUGAGGAGACGCCUGUCCUACAACACACGCUCCAACAGGAGGCGCAUUGUGCGCACUCCCGGAGGACGUCUGGUCUACCAGUACGUCAAGAAGAACAAAACCGUUCCCCGUUGUGGACAGUGCAAGGAGAAGCUUAAGGGCAUCACCCCCUCUCGUCCCAGCGAGCGCCCCCGCCUGUCCAAGCGCCACAAGACCGUGUCGCGCACCUACGGCGGUGUCCUCUGCCACGGUUGCCUGCGCGAGCGCAUCGUCCGCGCCUUCCUGAUCGAGGAACAGAAGAUCGUCAAAGCUCUGAAGAGCCAGCGCGAGGCCCUCGUUAAGCCUGUGAAGGCCCCCAAGGCAAAGCCCGAUCCCAAGAAGAAGCCCGCCGCCAAGGCCACCAAGGCCGGUGCCGGCAAGGUCACCAAGGGAGGUGCUGGCAAGGGACCCGCCAAGAAGCCCGGCCAGAAACCCGCUGCCGGUGGCAAGCCAAGGAAGUGAACCCGCAAUACUACGCAGAGUUGACUACUAAAUGAUAACUUUUAAAAUAAAUGAUUUUUUCCCACGAA